AUGAGCAGCGCACCACAAUCGCUGGUGUCGCUUUCGCACACGUCUUCUUCAUCACGUCCUCGGCUUCGCUUCCUCUUGAUCUUACUCUUCUCCGCUCUGCUUGGCUUUGCAACAUUCACGCAUGGCGCAGCUGAGACCACAACAGGCUCAACCAUUCAGCCAAUCAUCACCUUCCCACAGACGACGACACAACAGGAAUGCAUCCCCGCCCCUCAAUACCUGAUUGAUGUGGCCACCUGCAAGCAAAUGUGCUCUGGAUCCUACCAGAACGACGAAAGGACAAUCUGCUGGGCCGGCUGUGAUUGGUACAACGACGGCGGUGACGAGUACUGCAAAUGUGCGUGCUCCCAAGGCGUUCCCCGCUCGGACCUGCAAAACCCCUGCGUCACAGGGUGUGGGUUUGCCGAUGACACGAGCAAGGUGCUCCUCUGCCCAGCUAACGAGUUUGCACAAGUCGAAAACGACGGCUCCCAGUCGUGCACGCCCGUCACAGCUUGCAGCACAGCGACCGAGUACCAAGUCGUUGCUCCAACUGCGUCGUCAGACAGACAGUGCGCCGUCUUGUCCACGUGCAGCCCGAGCCAGUACGAAGUCACGGCCGCCACGGCCACUUCCGACCGUGAAUGUCAAGAUGUGAGCGUCUGCGACCGCCGAACCGAGUUUGAACAACAACCACCAACAACAACUUCGGACAGAGAGUGCGCAACCAUCACCAUCUGCGAAGCAGCUACGCAAUAUGAGACCAAGGCACCAACGUCAACCAGCGAUCGCGAGUGUGCGCCGGUGACGAUCUGCACGCGUGGAACGGAGUUUGAAGUAACACCGCCAACUGCAACGACGGAUCGAGUGUGCCAGCUGAUCACGCAGUGUGACCCCCAAAGCGAAUACCAGACGGUCAGCCCCACGUUCAACUCGGACCGGGAGUGCGCAGCCCUUACGACCUGUUCUGUCGACACGGAAUACGAGUCAACCCCUCCAACCGCAACGACAGACCGCACGUGCUCAAACCUGACCGUGUGCGGCGCAUCCCAGUUUGAGGCGCAGGCGGCAACAGCGACAUCAGACAGGACCUGCCAAGACAUCACCAUCUGCCUCCGUGCAACCCAAUACGAACAAGCCCCACCCACGACCACCUCCGACCGUGAAUGCCAAGAUGUGAGCGUCUGCGACCGCCGAACUGAGUUUGAGCAACACGCACCAACAGCAACUUCGGACAGAGAGUGUGCAACCAUCACCACCUGCAACGCAAGAACGGAAUAUGAGACCAAGGCACCAACGUCGACCACAGACCGUGAAUGCACUACGCUGACCCCGUGUGUGCGGGGCGAAGAGUACCAGAGCGUUGGGCCAACUGCAACAAGCGACCGUGAAUGCACCCCAAUCACGCACUGCCAUGUGCUGGGCAAGUACCAGACCAUUCCAGCCACAUUCAGCACGGAUGCAGUGUGCGCGAACCUCUCACGAUGCGAUGCAACAACCCAGUACGAGCUGGGAGCACCAACAGCAACGUCUGAUCGAGUUUGUGAUGACCUCGCUUCUUGUAACAUUGAUCAGUACGAGACGGCAGCACCAACAGCCACGUCUGACCGCACCUGUGCCAACGUCACAGUGUGUGAUGCAGCAACAGAGUACGAGACGGCAGCACCAACAGCAACGUCUGACCGCACCUGUGCAAACGUCAACACUUGCAGCAUCGAGCAAUACGAGACGGCAGCACCAACAGCAACGUCUGACCGCACCUGUGCCAACGUCACAGCGUGUGAUGCAGCAACACAGUACGAGACGGCAGCACCAACAGCAACGUCUGACCGCACCUGUGCCAACGUCACAGCGUGUGAUGCAGCAGCAGAGUACGAGACGGCAGCACCAACAGCAACGUCUGACCGCACCUGUGCCAACGUCACAGUGUGUGAUGCAGCAACACAGUACGAGACGGCAGCACCAACAGCAACGUCUGACCGCACCUGUGCCAACGUCACAGCGUGUGAUGCAGCAGCAGAGUACGAGACGGUAGCACCAACAGCAACGUCUGACAGAGCGUGCGCCAACGUCACAGCGUGUGAUACAGCUACAGAGUACGAGACGGUAGCACCAACAGCAACGUCUGACCGCACCUGCGCAAACGUCACAGCGUGUGAUGCAGCUACAGAGUACGAGACGGUAGCACCAACAGCAACGUCUGAUCGCACCUGUGCCAACGUCACAGCGUGUGAUGCAGCUACAGAGUACGAGACGGCAGCACCAACAGCAACGUCUGACCGCACGUGCGCCAACGUCACAGCGUGUGAUACAGCAACACAGUACGAGAUAGCAGCACCAACAGCCACGUCUGAUCGCACCUGUUCCAACGUCAACACUUGCAGCAUCGAGCAAUACGAGACGGCAGCACCAACAGCAACGUCUGACAGAGAGUGCGCCAAUCUCACUGUGUGCGAUCCAGCCACGCAGUUCCAAGCGACUGCACCAACCUCCGUCUCCGAUCGACAAUGCGCAAAUAUCACUGCAUGUGGCGCUGCAACACAGUACGAGACUGCAGCAGCUACGCCAACAUCCGAUCGCACCUGUGCACGCUUGCUCCUGUGCGGCCCAUCACAGUACGAGGUGCGUGCGCCAACACCAACGACAGACCGCGUGUGCCAAACCGCCAACUUCACGUCCGUCGUCCACGCCACCGUAACUACGCAAACAGUAGCCUCAGGGCUGGCGCCUGCUGCCGCCCGCGUGCCUUUCUCUCAACCCGCCCUGCUCCCUGUCAGCGUUGCCGGCACAGGGCGCGCAGAGGUGGCUCUGCCCAACACAGACGUGGCCGCGUCGGCGACAUACAGCCUUGCCGCCGUCGCUGCACUCAACAUCACAGACGCCAUCACAGCAACAGCAGACGUGUACCACGACAGCAGCAGCGUUGUAAUUCACGCGCGUGUUGCAGACGCCCUGGGUGACACCACCAACAUCCUCCCCGGUACGCUCACCGCCGAGGUGGUGGCGGAUGCACAGCUGACGACUGCCCUGACCACCGUUGGCAGCACAGCACCCCACACCCUCACCUGCACCUGCGCCGUGCGGUCACAGACACACGGGCUGUGCCAGGCAACAUGCAGCGUGCCUCAGGACUGGUUCACAGCACUGGCAGUCGGCACCACUGCGUCUGCCUCCAUCGCUGUCCAGGCAAGCAGCACGGGCAGCGCAAGGGCAUCCCCACGCCGCACCAUCGCCGCUGUCACCGUGCACGGCAGCAGCGCCGCUGUGACCCCGCCCACCAACGCCAUUUUCCUGCGCCUGCCCGAGGCGCCUGUUGCGCCCGGCGACGCUGCGACUGUGCAGGUGGGCGCCCGCCUCUCCGCCUUCCCGCUCGGCGGCUUUGUGGUGAAGCUCGAGUGUGCAGACGCGGCCGGCAAGGCCACGUUUGGCGCCGUUGCCAUUGACGACACCACCUGGAGCAGCUUCGCGGCCGGGGAGGGAACGUCGGCUGUCAGCAUCGGCGCUGUGCUCGCUGAGGGAGCGGCGCAGGUGAGUGGCCAGGACGAUGCAGCGGUCCUGUUCACAGUGGCACUGAACCUGGACGAUGACGCCGCAACCACAGUCCAGACACUCCUCAACAUCAACCUAACGGUGAGUGAGGUGCUCGACAACGCCAACAACAUCCGCACCACCGCCACCCGCACGUAUGCUGUGGACUUUACGGGUCUCGCCUCCUCCGUGCUCUCCUCUGCAGGCCCGGUCACCGGCGCUGUCCGCAUCCGCCCUGUGCGUGCUGUCGGCGCUGUGUCGUUUGUAAGCACCACGCCCCGCAUCCUCAACACAGCACCGCUCACGGGCGUCAGCGACGCCGCCGCAUUCAGCAUCGACACGCGCCUCGUAUUGUCGGACGGCCAGCUGGUGUCUACAGCUACAUCUGCACUUGCCGCUACAACAACGGUGCAGCAGUGUGCUGUUGCGUCUGGGCCGCCGACACUGGUGUCGCUGGAGCAGGACUGCAGCGGUGGCGUGGUCUCCACGCUGGACACGAGUGGCGGCACGGCUGUUCUGGAGAUCAGUACCACCACCACGCUGGGCAGGGCUGCUGCUGCAGUGCUCACGCGCCGUGUGCUGGUGGAGGUGUGGAGCCCACGACUGCCGUUGAUGGUGGCCACCGCGCCAAGCGUGCUUCGGCCCAUUGCUGGGUGGCGUGAGCCUGCGGCCAACAGCGCCAACUCCUCCACAUGUGAUGCCCCGCGCUGGCAAACCCCGCAUGUGCAGGUGACGGCGACAUUUGCGUCCGGCGACCAAGAAGUGUCCGCUGUGGAUGUCACCGGGCUUGUCGCUGCCGGCAUCACCGCCAACGACACGACCGUGCUUGCCGCCGCUAAUGAGGAUGAAGUCGGUGUGGCAGCGCUGCGGCCUCUUCGGGCACUGCGGAGCGGCGCUGUGCGUGUUAUGGUCGUGCGUGCUGGGGACGGCAUUGGCUCAGGCACCGUACUGGGCGAGGCAGCUCAGGCGACUGUAGUCGUGGAUCCGGCAACGACGCCUGAUGCGUACAUCGGAUGGCAGGGCAUUGAUGCCGUGGCCGUGAGCAAUGUGGACCUAAGGCCCGUAAGUGGUAGUGACCCAGCCGGGGCAGGCUGGCUCGACGCAGUUGUGUUUGAGGUGGCGGUGGCCACGCACGCGCUGCGGGCAGAGGGUGCGUCCACUGCGCUCCUUGCGAGUCUCGUGCUGGAGGAUGGGUGGCGGGAGCCGCUGGUGCCGGCCCGCGACGUCCUCUUCACCAGCAUGGCUGCAGACCAGAUCACCAUUGACGCGGGCAACAGAGCCACUGUUGCUGUCGGCGCGACGAGCGGGUCGCGGGAGCUGGUGGCGGCCCAGCUCACGUCCACGGCAGUCGACGCUGCAACGGGCAACAACGCCGCCUGCGUGCCUCGCGUGCGCGCAAACGUGACGCUCGACCUCGACCUGCCGGCCCCGACAGGCGUGCGGGUGAGCGGUGUUGUUUCUCGCAUCACGCCCGCAGGUGACGCCGCUGCGCUGGCCGGCAUUGCAACUGGCUUCAGCAUUGGUGUGGCGGUUGCUUUUGAGGACGGCACGGAGCGGGAUAUGACGACAGAUGGGCGUGUGACAGCAACGGUGGCCCCGUCUGCUGCUGGUGCUACUGUAGAGCGGGGAGCCAACGGCGCGCUUCGCGUGGAGGCCAUUGCCGCAGCACCAAACUCGCCGUCCAUAUCGCUGGUGACAGUGGCUUUUGAUGGCGGUAACGGACCCGCGUCCGUCGUCAACACCACGUUCCAGGUGCUGACAGUCAAAUACACGGCCCUCCGCACAACGGCACGCCCCUUUCCAGCGUACGCGGGAUCGCAGAGCGUCAGCGUGACUGAGCUUGCUCCCAUCAACGGCACGGCUCCGCUUCAGUACCAGCGCGCACAGCUGGCGACAGCCAUGAUGCUGGACGAUGGCAGUGAGCUUGCGCUUGAUGCCGGUGACGUGGUGUAUGCGGUGCGCCGUGCAGAUGACGAUGACAGUGCAGCACAACUGCUGCAGGGCGCAGUGGUGGAGCCAUCAACGCCAGGAAACAUCACCGUGCUCGCAACGGCAUUUGGAUCAUUUGAAGAGAGCCCUCGCUUUGGCCUGAGCGUGGUCGACGAUGCAGUGCACGUGGUUGCGCUCCGCUCCCUCAGCACCACCUCUGGUAUCGCGUUGACUUCACAGCAGGGGCAGACUGCAGGCUUUGCUGUCUGUGCGGCGGAGCUUAGCGAUGGCACGCAGCUGCCACAGCUGUACUCCAACGGCCGUGCCCAGUAUCCGAGUCUCAUUCAACUGUCGGUGUCUGACGCAGAUGUGCUGCGCAUCAACAGCACCACGGGGGAAGUUGUGCUGCUUGCCAACAGCCCAGGCGUGCUGCAGAUUGUCGCACAGGUCACGUCGGCGCCCUCUGUUGUGACCACGACCGACGUGUCGUGCAACCUCCAGCCUGCGCUCGGCGACGUGGACGUCGGCCAGAUGUCUGGUGUACCGGUCCCUGGCCCGCUGUCCAUCGGCGACGAGCUGCAGGUGCAAGUGCGCGUCAACACAGGGAGCACGGACAUUGGCUCGUUUACCAUGGAGCUGCAGUAUGAUGCUUCUAUUGUGUCGUUUGUUGGCGCUGAUGCGACGUUUGGGGGAAGCCUGGAGGCCACGGACGAUGGCCAGGGCUCGUUGCGUCUCGGUGGUGUUGUGUCUUCGAGCGGCGUUGGCGGGAGCGCUGCUGCCAUUGCUCACGUUACGUUCCAGGCCGUCAGCGCUGGCGCGUUUGUGGUUGAGGGCGCGGUGACGGACUUGUUGGACCGCCAGCUUCCAUCGCAACCGAUUGUGGCGGGCCUGCCGUCUGCGGUUGUUGCUGGACGCGUGUGGAUUUCGGUCACCGGUGCCGACGGUGGAGAGCAGCAGAGACGAAGGCGUUCGGGGGUGCGGCUGCCGGUACCACCACCCCAGUCCCUGGCGCAGCCACGGCGGCGGCGCAACGCAGACAGCGACCCGUUUGCAAGUGCAGCGGACGUGGACGGCGAUGGGCGGUUCACAAUUGGAGACGCGUUCUUCACGCUGCGGUAUGUGGUGCUGGAGACGCAAGAGUUUGCCGGGGCGGACGGAGCGGCGGUGCAGGCCAUUCUGGCCGAGGACCCCCGGCGACGCAGCGCACUCGACGCAGACCGGGACGGCACUGUGCGUCUGCGCGACAGCAGGCUGCAGAGCCAAGUAGCCACUGGCAAAGCGGUGUUCCUCGGCAGCAUCCCAGGCGUGGACGUUGCCGUAAACCAAGACACGUCAGCAUGUGGCGUUUCCGUGAGCGCAACUGUGUUUGAGCCUGGCCUUGGCGGAGCUGCUGCCUCCUCGACACGGGUGUUUGUGUUGGUUGAUGGGCUUGCGCAAGACGGGGGCACAACCGCCACCCUGCUAUCGCUGCCUGGCACUGGCACUGGCAUUGAUGUGGCACAGCUGUCACCGGCUCUGUCCGACGCUGUCGCUGUGUACGGCAGCGAGCCUGGGGCGCAGGCUGUGCUGCUCGAGGCUGUGCCAUCAAAUGCAAGUGCACCCGUGAGCGCUGUGUACACGGCUCUCUUGCCACCUGCUGUGGAUACGCAGCUCAUUGGCGUGUCGGUGUUUGCGGUUGUGUCACGUGGUGUGCGGACGUACGCAACGUUCUUCGGCAACCAGGCAACGACGGGUGCGCCUGUCGUGCCCUCAAGGCGCACCGAGACUGUGCGCGCAUUUGCCAACGCAGACGUGGACGCCGCAGUCCUAGAUACGGGGCUUGAUUCUGGCUACAACCCCCUCACCACCGCAGCCCUCAACAACACGCGCGCGCAGCAGUAUUGUAUCCGACAAUGCGUGGCCACGGGCGACGAUGUCGUGUCUGCCUACUUUUACAACACGACCGCGUUCACGUGUGUUUCCACCAGCACAUGCGACACGCUGAGUGAGUACGAAAGUGAGCCAGCAACGAGCACAAGCAACAGAGAAUGUGAGCCGCUGAGAGCUUGUGACGCAGCAACAGAGUACGAGACGGCAGCACCAACAGCAACGUCUGAUCGCACCUGUGCCAACGUCACAGCGUGUGAUGCAGCUACAGAGUACGAGACGGCAGCACCAACAGCAACGUCUGAUCGCACCUGUGCCAACGUCACAGCUUGUGACGCAGCAACAGAGUACGAGACGGCAGCACCAACAGCAACGUCUGAUCGCACCUGUGCCAACGUCACAGCGUGUGAUGCAGCUACAGAGUACGAGACGGAAGCACCAACAGCAACGUCUGACCGCACCUGUGCCAACGUCACAGCGUGUGACGCAGCAACAGAGUACGAGACGGCAGCACCAACAGCAACGUCUGAUCGCACCUGUGCCAACGUCACAGCGUGUGAUGCAGCUACAGAGUACGAGACGGAAGCACCAACAGCAACGUCUGACCGCACCUGUUCCAACGUCAACACUUGCAGCAUCGAGCAAUACGAGACGGCAGCACCAACAGCAACGUCUGACCGCACCUGUGCCAACGUCACGUCUUGUGCAGGUGACCAGUACGAGAUAGCAGCACCAACAGCAACGUCUGACCGCACGUGCGCCAACGUCACAGCGUGUGAUGCAGCAACAGAGUACGAGACGGCAGCACCAACAGCAACGUCUGACCGCACGUGCGCCAACGUCACAGCGUGUGAUACAGCAACACAGUACGAGAUAGCAGCACCAACAGCCACGUCUGAUCGCACCUGUUCCAACGUCAACACUUGCAGCAUCGAGCAAUACGAGACGGCAGCACCAACAGCCACGUCUGACAGAGAGUGCGCCAAUCUCACUGUGUGCGAUCCAGUCACGCAGUUCCAAGCAACUGCACCAACAGCCACAUCCGACAGGCUUUGCGCGAACUUGACUUCUAGUUCAACUCAGAGUCCAACAGCAGCUGCUGCUAUUGCUUCUGUUCAAAUUCCGGAAGCAUCAAACCUUGGGCUAGCUGUGUCUGUGCUUGGCGCCCUUGUGUGUUGUUUUGGUUUGGUUCGGACGGUUCGUACACCAGUGUGGCCACUGUUUCUUUCACUCGCUCUGUGCCACGUGUACUUCGGCGUUGAGUCCGUUGCACUGUCCGACGACAUUUCGUUUUCUCUUGUUGCGGACCGGUGCCUCGCCCUCGGCGCUUUCAAGCUUGCGCUUUCAUUGAGUUGUCUCUGCUGGCUUGGUGCAUGCGUCCUUCAGUCGUCCACCGACAUCAAUCCUUUCACGUUGCGUCCUCUCGGGCUCUUUGCCAUCGUCUGCGCCAUUCCAAUCACAACUGCUGUUGCCCUCGUCGCUGCCGCGCCGUCCUCAUUUGGAGCGUCGACCGGCUGGUGUGACCUCCAUCAACCGCUAGCACGAGGCCUCGCUGGUAUUCUGGCGUCCUGUACUCUGGGCUUUUCCCCGCUGAUUUACGCGAGCAUACGACGCAUCCGUCACCGCCGCCAGUUCUUCAUGGGCGACAUUGUUGAUGAUUUGUUUGGGAACGAGUCUCGCAUCCAGCGGCCGUUGCUGGCUGCUGCCAUCCUCCUCGUUGUCGCCAACCGCGUCUCACUCAACCUUCCAGUGCAUCUGAGUGUGGAUGACGAUAUUCCAGAGCACAUGCCAGUGGUGAACGUCAUGUGUGCGGUUGCGUUGACGGCGGUGUCCCUGGUCUUCUUGUGCACGCGUCUUGGUCGAUCAGAUAACAACGGCAGCAACAAGGGCGGUCUUGCUGGAUAUGCUUCACCCAACAACAGUGGAGACCCAUCCAAAUUCGUUCAUUUGAACACCAUGCCUGCAGAUGAUGUUCCACGCAGCUUUGUCAGCCGCAUUAGCAAACGAGGCGCGUUCUCGCCUUCAACACCCGCUCACCUACCAGGCAGCAUCAGCAGGAGCAUGCUGACUUCCUUCCGUUAUCUUCCACGGUACGAAAAUGACAGCAGUUCUGACGAUGUGUCAGGCAUGAGUAUCUCGGACAAAGUGCACGAGGACGUCAGUGGCAUUCACGAGGAUACAUCUUCCUCUUCGAUUCUAAGAGGUUUGACGUCACUGGACAUUAGCGAUGGGGGGGAAUCGAUCGACUUGUUCCCAGUUGCAAUCGAUCGACAGGAGGUUGAGAACGCCGAUGUGGAAAGUAUUGAGGACAAUGUUGUUGUGGUUUGAAUGCUUUGCGGUGACGUUUUUGAAGAUCACGAGUGUGUACUGGUGUGCUUUCUGAAUUGUAACGUGCGCUGUGUUACCUUCUAAUAAAUAUGACCUUG